UCGUGCUCUCCUCGCGCGCUAGCUGUCCGCCUCGCCUCGCGCUCACCUCGCCUGGUUUCUGACCCCCGCCAUGGAGGAAGCUGAGACGGACGCCACGGAAAACUCUCGCGCCUCCGAGGCCAAGCGAGCCUCCGCCAUGCCGCCCCCGCCGCCUCCCAGCUCUCCGCCCGCCCUCACCCCGGCGCCCGCGGCCGGUGAGGAGGGCCCGGCGUCCCUGCCCGAGGCGGGCGCUCCCGGCUGCUCCCGCUCUCGGCCCCCGGAGCUGGUGCCCGAGCGCAGCCUGGGCCGCUUGAGAGGCCGCUUCGAGGACUACGACGAGGAGUUGGAAGAAGAGGAGGAGAUGGAGGAGGAAGAGGAGGAGGAGGAAGAGAUGAGCCACUUCUCGCUGCGGCUGGAGUCGGGGCGGCCGGAGUCCGAGGACGAGGAGGAGCGCCUGAUUAACCUUGCUGAACUGACCCCAUACAUCAUGUGUUCCAUUUGCAAAGGUUACUUAAUAGAUGCAACUACCAUUACAGAAUGUCUUCAUACCUUUUGUAAAAGCUGCAUAGUAAGACAUUUUUACUAUAGCAACAGAUGCCCAAAAUGCAACAUAGUUGUCCACCAGACGCAGCCUCUUUAUAACAUAAGGUUGGACCGACAAUUACAAGACAUAGUAUACAAAUUAGUGAUCAAUCUAGAGGAAAGAGAAAAAAAACAGAUGCAUGAUUUCUAUAAAGAAAGAGGUCUAGAAGUACCUAAACCUGCUGUUCCACAGCCAGUCCCUUCAAGCAAAGGAAAAACUAAGAAAGUCCUAGAGUCAGUGUUCCGUAUUCCACCUGAACUUGAUAUGUCUUUAUUACUUGAGUUCAUUGGUGCUAAUGAAGACACAGGACAUUUUAAGCCAUUGGAAAAGAAGUUUGUGCGUGUUUCAGGAGAAGCAACUAUUGGGCAUGUAGAGAAAUUUCUUAGAAGAAAAAUGGGUCUUGAUCCAGCUUGUCAGGUAGAUAUCAUCUGCGGUGAUCACUUAUUGGAACGGUACCAAACUCUACGGGAAAUCCGACGUGCAAUAGGUGAUUCAGCAAUGCAGGAUGGUCUGCUUGUUCUUCAUUACGGUCUUGUGGUUUCUCCUCUGAAAAUAACUUGAAGACACAGGGUAUGUGAGAAAGGAAACACAGUAAGGAGGCUUGCUUCUGCAGGUCUGCAUUGCACCAAAGAGUCUCAAGAAACAUGUAGCCACCACUACUUCAUGCUGUUAAGAGCUAGCUUCUGUUUUCCUCACCAGAACCCUAGCAUUGUGUGUACAACUUGAAACAAUAGAAUGUAUUUGCUACACUAGAGACUAUGUAAAAAGCACUCAAAACUCAGGGGAAAAAAACUGAAAACACUGAAUUUUAAAAUUCCUCGUGAUUCCAAAUACGAGGAAGUUGCUGGUUGCUUCCCAUCUUUGAAGUAGGUUGGUCGUCUGGCAGCUAGGAUUCUCCAGGCUGCAUGGGCUGGGUGGGCAUCCUUGCAGAACAGCUCUGCUUUGAAUUCAAAGCCAGUUCGUUAAACCGCAGGGUGCACUCAGCACCAAAACUACUGGUCAUUUAUAUGAUCCUGUCCUAUUCUAAACUUUAAAAAAAGUGAUCCUACUAAAGCAAUGUUAUUUAGCUCUGAGACAGUGGAGAGACUCUCCUGUUAGAUAUGGAUCUUAACACCCCUUAUUACAAGGUGCUUCUUUGUGAUGUUUUAUUUGCAUAUAUCAGUGCCACUGGGACAGGUGUCACAGUGUUCCGACUGUUGAUAAUGUCACUUGUAAUGGCACUGCUUCUAAAGGUAGCAGACAAUUUCAGGUGAAUUACCAGAAGUUUACAGAGUCCUUAUUGUUUCCUCAGUCACUCAGCUUAACUGGUUCUGUGUUAAAUGUUUGUUUUCUCACCACUGGGAUAAAAAAUGAGGGUCUUUGAGAACGUUGCUUUCACGAAGACUUAAUUUUAAACAUUAUUUUGCCUAAAAUUAGCAUCCUGAUGCUUUCUAAGAGAAAUAUUUUAUAGACUCUUAUUUCACAGCAAAAUUUCCAAUCUGUACAGAAACUUACAAAAUUAGACUUACAUUGGCAAUUGUUUUGUAAAGAGUUUAUGAAUUGUGCAUAAAUCUCUUCUGAUUUAAUAAAAAUUUAUUUUAGCCAA